CUUUCCCUUUGCCUGCAGCCAACUUUUGCUUCUUCUCUCUCUCUCCCUCCUUCCUUCCUACACCCUGAUCUCUCUCUGCGAGCUAGAGGUCAGGCAGGCUGGUUAGGGUUGGUGCUUAGAGCCUUUCCUCCCUUGCAUAUCAAGCCUUGAUCACACCUCACCUUUUUGACCUCCCAAACACAAAGUUAGUUCUCGGUUGGUGGAUAGUCCGACAGAAGGGGGGAGAAAGAAAGAGGUGCUCUAUCUAGAGGAGGAAGAAGGAGAGGCGGUAGUUGUCUGAAUAAUAAUACAGCUAGGAUCGAUCCACAUAUACAUAGCGAGGUUACAGUACAGAUGUCUCAGGCGAUGUCGGCCGGUGGCGGCGGCGGCGCAGGCCAAUUCGGCGACACGACUUUCACGAAGUUGUUCGUGGGGGGCCUUGCCUGGGAGACGCACAAGGAGGGCAUGCGGGCCUACUUCGAGCAGUUCGGCGACAUCCUUGAGGCCGUCGUCAUCACCGACAAGAACACCGGCAGAUCCAAGGGAUACGGUUUUGUUACGUUCUGUGAGCCGGAGGCGGCGCUGAGAGCUUGCAUCGAUCCGUACCCAGUCAUCGAUGGGAGGAGGGCCAACUGCAAUCUUGCGUAUCUCGGGGUCAGCAAGUCCAAGACAGCACCAGUACCGCCGUAUCUGCAACCAUAUGCUGUUCCUCCUUUGGUGUGCAUGAAUGGAUGCACAGCAGCUCAUGUCUACGGGGGAGGCAACAUGAGGGCAAUGAAGUCCAUUCAGACAGCUGCUGCUGGUACUGGUGGUGCCAGCUUGAUGAACUUCGUCCCGGCCGAUCAUGGCAUCCAGCAAGGGAUUCCUACUUACAACGUUUAUGCCGGGUACUCUCCCUACUUCUCGGACUACGGCUACCCGCUGAACUACUAUCAAGCCUACGGUGGGCUGCAGGGAGCCCAACAGUAUGCAGCAUUUGGUGGAGGCGCGACGGCGGCAGGACUAACAAUGGCGGCGAACUCCACCGCGGGGCUCUACCCCUACUUCCAGUACGGCCCCGCGAGUCCGGUCGCCGCUGGGUACAGCAUGGCGCAGUACCCCCAGUUGUACCAGUACGCCGCGGCUGCGGUGGGCGCCACCACCACGGCGGCGGCGGCCACCGUGACCGCGGUGGCCGGCGGCCUCCAGCAGUACGGUGGCGCGGUGGCGCUUACUUCUAAUUCUAUGGGACAAGCAGGCAUGACAAUGUCUCUCACAACUCCAACUCUGCCGGCACCGACAGUGCAAUACCAGUACAGCAGGGUGAUUCCUUCUCAGCUCGCUGCAGCACCAGAUCAGAAGCCCAGCUUGGCCUAGACAACCAUGGCUGCCUCUCCAUGCACCUAUCUCUUCAUCCUUCACUAGAUGUGUCAUUACUCGCAUGCAUAUCAUACAUCCGUGCUCUUAACAAGUCUUGCUUCAAAUGAAACAGCAUACCCAUCAUGCACGCACAAUAUAAUGUCUGCACUGAUCGAGACUCAAUAACUUGGUGCCAAUGUUCACUAGCUCUGGGUUGAGUGGUGCAUUUGCCUGACUAACCAAGGGCCGUGGCAGGUCCAAUUUUGCAUGUGAUUGAUCGGUUACUCGUCGAUCGUCUCAUUUUAUGGUAAAGAAGAUUAUUGUGUUACAAAAUCUCCUUCUGGUCUUUAGGUUCUCCUUCCCAAUAUGCCUCGUCAGUCUAGUAAGUAGUAUUGAUUAGCAUGCAUGUGUUGGUCAUGUAGUUCUCAUUAGUCAUUACAUUACUUUGUAGGUAGAUCGGGUUUAUUUGUUAGUAGUUAUGCCUUUGAACUCUUAAGGAAGGGUGCAAUGGCAGGCAAAUAUAAUUAAGCCGCAGAGUUGCUGCUGUUUUUUCAUGUGCAGCUUCAGCUAACCUCUGCCAUGUCAAGAUGUCAAGAGUUUGAUUACUUAGGUGUCAGUUUGUGGUAGUCCGUAUAUACACCUUCAUGCAUGCAUGUACGAACCAGUAGUUCAAUUUCUUUAUCUAUUUUGAUCCUUAGUUUUGGAUCCCCUUCGUCUUCUCCAUGUUAUGCAUGCAUCGUCACAUUGAUCCUCUCUUCACCAAGAAAGCCAGCCAUGGUUAGGCCCAGCUCAGAUGAACAAUUACUGGAAGCCAUUAUGACAUGUAUUAUCAUCAAAAUUCGCCGGCCGGUGAUAUUGAUCUAUAAAAAAAUGCCGGUGAUAUAUGUAAUAUCUGCAAUGAAAUAUGAUUAGCUUCAGUUUGAGAAGCUAAUGUACCGCGCAUAUAUUCAUCACACAUUUACAUGAACUCUAGCCUGCUACAUAUAUAAGUGACAAUAUUAAUUUCAAACUUUUAUGUA